AUGCCACCGAAAAAGUCUUCUCAACAAUCUGGCGAUGGCGCCUCUGGAACAAGUGUAAAUCUACCAUUUAUCUCGGCGGAAAUCGGAAAACUUACUAAGCUUGACAUUAGCAGCUGUUCUCCUGAAGGAUUUGAGAUAUGGAAACAACGAUGGGACUCUGUUAUGACGAUUACUCGGUUUUAUGAACUCUCAAAUGAAACUCAAAAAGCUCUCUUUAUUAAUGUACUUAGUGAUGAUACUAUCAAACGAAUGAACAACUUAGGACAACAAGAUGUUCAAACUCUUAUUGAAUCUUUUCAACGCCAGGUAUGUGGCAGUUCAAAUAUAUUUGUGCAUGAAUAUGAAUUCCACAAACGAGUACAAGGCUCGAAUGAAUCGUUUGACGAGUUUUACAAUGAUCUACAAACACUAUUAAAUAAAUGUCAAUACAAGGACUGUUGCCAGAGCUCAACACGAAUGUCGUGUAAGAACCGAAUUUCUCUUGGCACGUCUCGUGGUCGGUAUAAAGUCUCAUGA